CACAAGACUACGAUAGGAAAAUUGCUGCAACAAAAAUGUCGACUGGUCCUGUUUCCAGCGAAUUCCCAGCGCUGCAACAGCUAGCAAAGGAGGUUUCCGAAGCCAUGAGCACGAUCAAGGCGGCGAUGCAGAAGCUGAGCAAAAGCGGGGUGACAUCCGACGCGCUAAUAGAAAUAAAGCCGCUCCCGACACACCAGAUCCUGCGUAGCCUGGAGACACUGCAGACGCAGAUAGCAGGCAAUAAUGUGCCGGGCGAGGUAGACCCGCUUGGUCUGCGUGACCGCAAGGUGGUGGCACAGGCGAUAGAUUUAUUGAUGUACUUUGAGAUAGCGCCGCGGUUUGAUCCAGGGAUAGGUGUGGCGGUGAGCCAGCGCAUUAGCAAUGGGACAGCUGGCGUGCUGAAGGAGAUGCAGCAGGCAGGUACUGUCUGGCCGCCAACAGAGAGCAUGGGGUUGGAGGAGUGGCUGGAGCGGCUGGUCAGGAUCAUCGACCAGUGCAUGGGCCUGACCGACGUGGGUGCGAUUCUGGCAAACCGGUACUUGGCGGAUCUGCUGGCGGGACUGAUGCAAUGCGCGUACAAGCCAGUACGCCCCGGGACAAUGGUGGACGGAGAGCGACGGGUGGAACUGAAGAAGAUGUUUUCGCGGCUCUUUGACAAAUCCGAGCCGUACCUGCUGAUUGAGUCGCUGACGGUUCUACUCAAUGCAGCAGUGCAAAGCAAGCAGGGGCAGAUCAAAUGGUUCUGCAUUAUGUGCGGACGGUUCCUGAGCCGCGUGCUGCUGCGCACAGGCGGCGUUCAGGUUACUCUGGAUUACAUGGUCAGCGACGGCGAACUGACGACAGAGAAAAUGCACAAAAUCUCCAAUCUACUUUUGACGCCGCCAAAGGGAAUGGACGCCAAGGUGUAUUUGGAGAAAGUUGUGCCCCAGGUUAUGCAGUUGGCCGACCCUCAGACUGCGGACAUGAGCGAGGUAGAGAACGACGCGCAGGAGGCGAUCAGAAUGGCUCUGGAUGCGAAAGCAAGGCAGAGUCGAGUAUCUUCUACCGCUGCCUAUGCGCUUAGUCAAUGUGCUGAGAAACACCCCGAUGCGUUCCGCACGCUGGUUGUCCCCCAUGUGUGCCUACCGCUGCAGCAAUGGUUUGAGCCUACGUCGGACUUGCCAGCUAACAGUGAGACGCAGCCAGAACAUGCAAAUGACGAUCUGGUGCAGCGUGCGCUUGGCCAAGGUAUCAGCAAGAAGCCGCUGAUACAGGAGAUCAGUAAUGAUCAGGGCGACCAGAUCGUUAGCUCUCCAUUAGAGCUGGAAACUAGCCUAGCGUGGUUGCAUCUAUUUACGCAGAAAAUGCCGUCAGAAAGGCUACUGGCCGAGCUCGUUUGCCCGGUGUUCCUGCCUCUCUUUUACAUGUUUGCGCAGGACACGCAAAAUACGCGCGCCAAAACCACAUUGGUCAGUACGCUCACACAGCUGCCACAGCCAGCUGCCACAGCAUUGAUUCUGCGUCUGAUCCAGAAUGUGCGCAGCCACGAUUGCUGUUGGCCUGUUUUCGCAAAAGCCUCCACUACUGGCAAGGUGCUUCUGGUUCGCAAUGGCAGCCGGCAGGACCACUUGCCAAUUGAGGCCCUCAUUGAUGUGCUCAUGGCAUCUGAUCUGAAGCAGUUUCUCGGCGACCUCUUCAUCACGCUGCUGCGCGAGCAGGAGGCGAUGCUGGAGAUACUGCGCAGUGGCAUGCCCACUGAAGACCUAACUGUCAAGUGGUGGCUCCUCUCGCAAACCACCUUGGAGAUGGUCGAAAAAUUCGGCCCUGCUGUCCUGACCCAGCGCGCGCAGGUACUGGCUUUUGUCCACAGCACACUGGCCAGGGCCUGCGACAGCAUAAGAGAGAAUCAGCAGCAGCCGUCGACGGCUGGAGAACAGCGGCAAGUAUCGAUUGAGGAGCUUGUCAAGUCGCUGAGUGUAGGCGGCAAGUCGCCUGAGCAAUCUCUCGACGAUGUCAGCGAAGAAGUUGAGGGUCGCGUGGGCGAAACCGAAACGGCCAUUCUCGCGUUAAUGCUACUAGGUCAGAUUUUGCUUGGUGAAGAGCCGCAAUGGGACAACCCGUCGCUGAAGUUGUUGCGCAGAAUCCAGUCCCAGCUCACACUCCUGAGCUCCUCACAGUCCCUUCCUGUGGUAGCUCGACUGGCUGGCGAAGUCAAGCUGCAGGUUGCCAUGGUCAUGGCAAUCAGUGGCCACUCAACGACUGAGCCGCAUCAUGACUCGGAGACUGGCUCGGAGAUUUUGCGGUUCAACAGUGCACUGCGCGAUAUCAACGACGCUAUGAUCCCCAUCCAAGCACACGGCGUUGUUGAGCUGCGUAAUAUGGUGCUAGCAAAAUCACCUGCUCUGGCCGAUGCCACCAGGCUCAGUACGGCUGUGGAUAUCUUUGUCGAGAUGCUGCGCAAUGACGAUAGCUUCAUUUACUUCAAUGCCAUCAAGGGUCUAGCCGCUCUGGCCGACGUCCACGCCGAGCGCUUUAUUCCGCGCCUCGCUGAAAUGUACCGCCGGGGAACUGUCGACGAGCGCCUGCGCGUUGGUGAGGCUCUCCUGCAGACUGUACUGCGGGCAGGUGAGAUGCUGGCCGAGUACUCCAAGAUCCUCCUACCACCAUUACUAGAAUCGGUGCGUGAAGACGGUGUGAUCGCACAGUCUGCCAUCUCCAUCCUUGCGGCAAUCGCACAAACUUACCCACUGGCACUGCUGAGCUCGCUGCAUGAAAUCAUCCACUGCCUUGGUGAUAUCCUGGCAUUGGGGUCUGUCGAGGUCCGCCGUGCUGCUGUUGUGUUUUUGGUGGAGCUUGUUCGCGGCCAAAGCGUCGAUGCAGAUACACUGCGCACUGCAUAUCGCUUGCUGAGGCGCAUCGAGCAAGGAGAUGAGGACGACAUCGUCAGGCAUAAUGCCAGUGUUGCAGUUGAGGAUGUCGCCGAAGGAAUGCGUGAGCGUAUGCUAUCUAUUCCGCAGCUCCUGUAGUGCCAGUUAUUGCUGUUUUUGCUCCAUUACAAAACAAAAACAAGAC